UGAGGUUAGGAUAAAAUAUUUAUCAGUCUUCUUGAUCUGAAUUUAUGCCAACAGAUCCUUGCAACUGCCAGAUCCUCAAACUCUUCAGUUGAAUCAUACCUCUCAUCACUGAUUUUUUAUAUUCUAGAAUUUUCUAGUAUGUGACUGUGCUAAAAUUUGGUAUAAAUGUCUGGGAAAAAUCACACCAUAGUGACUGACUUUAUCUUCCUUGGACUAACAGAUUUACCUGAACUUCAAGUUAUAAUUUUUGUAGUAUUUUUGAUGAUGUACACUCUCACAAUGGUGGGAAAUGCAGGACUUAUUACAUUAAUCAAAAUAGAUUCUAAACUCCACACACCUAUGUAUUUUUUUCUGACUAACUUGUCCUUCAAUGACAUUUUUUAUUCUUCAACUAUUACUCCAAAGAUGUUAGUGGACUUAUUAUCUGAAAGAAAAGUCAUUUCUUUUACUGGAUGCUUUUUGCAGAUGUAUGUCUUUAUUGCUUUAGCAACCACUGAGUGUAUCCUCUUUGGAUUGAUGGCUUAUGACUGUUAUGUGGCCAUCUGUAAUCCACUGCUUUCCUCAGUUAUCAUGUCAAGGACAGUCUGCCUGAAAAUGGCCAUGGGGGCCUUCACAGCAGGAUUCCUGAACUCAGUUAUUCAUACCAGUUAUAUAAGUAGCUUAUCCUACUGUGGUUCCAAUGUCAUCCAUCACUUUUUUUGUGACAGUCCCCCAAUCCUCAAACUCUCCUGCUCUGACACUGAAAUGAAUGAAACUAUCAUUUUCAUUUGUGCUGGGAUAAACAUGUUGGGUACAUUUUUGAUCAUCCUUUCCUCUUAUGUCUAUAUCUUCUUUGCUAUUCAACGUUUACAUUCAGUUGAAGGGAAGUGUAAAGCUUUCUCAACCUGUGCUUCUCAUCUUACAACCAUUGCUUUAUGUUAUGGAACUGGGUUUAUUACUUAUUUGUCUCCAAAUUCAAACUACUCCCCAACUCAAGGAAAAGUGAUAUCUGUGUUCUACAAAGUGGUUAUCCCAAUGUUGAACCCUUUAAUCUACAGCCUGAGAAAUGAAGAAGUGAAGAGGGCUUUAAAAAAUUCUGUCACUAAAAAAAGGAUCUGGAUACUUACAUGAUUUGUAGAAUAAUAAAAUAAAGAAUACAAAUAGAUAGAUAAUUAUUUAAAACUCUUCUUACUGAUAUUAAUUGAGGUAGGUGUUGUGGUGUUUUUUGUUUGUUUAUUUCUUACUUAUUUGACAAUGGAAGAUCUAAUUUUAUUGAUUCUGGAGAACACCAUGGCAAUGAAAGCCACAACACUAAGACAAAUAAAUACACAAACAAAUUAAUAAAUGAAAACAGAAUGAGUGAAAAGUGAAUGGAAUGAUCUGGGGCUAGUGGGAAGUGAAAUAUAUGCUUCUAACAUCAGCUGAUACCCCAGAUAACACACUCACAAGUAUACAAGUUGGAGAG